AUGGCCAAGCAGGAAGUCGCGGCGAAGAAGCCCAGCGGCAAGAGGACGCGAGUGGACGACGCAGGCGAGGCGGGCAAAAAAGCCGUUGUAGAUAUAGAAGGGCUAAGCGAAUAUGACAUAGAAAGGAAGGACGAGUUGGAGGAGGAGAAGUACUCCAAAUUGCUCUCCAUCGCAUAUGCCCUAAUGGCAAUGACAGCAGAUGCGCCGUAUUUCCUAAUCGUAUCAAUGGGGGAUUACUUCAGACAGGCAUUUAAUGUGAAAGAUAUAAUGAUAACAGAGUUUGCCCUAAUGGAAAGCAUAGUGCUCAUAGUGGUAUGUGUAUUAUUGCAUCUGAUUGGAAGUUACAGAUUGAAGUGGAACCUCGUCCAGCCUCUCUUUUCCACGUUUUUUUUCACCCUAAUACAUUUAGUGGUGUAUUUUAAGAGUGAUUACAUAGGGCAUAAAAUAGUGAUUUUCAGUGUCAUCCCAUUUGCAAUCAUAUCCUGUGUAAUCAAAAUGACUACAAUGAAAGUUUGUGUCCUCUUCCGAAAGCAGUACUGCACAGCGUACGUCUGUGGAUUGUCUCUCUCCGGAUUUGUGGUAUUCAUUUUGUACGUUUUGGGAGCCUAUGUCUUUUUUGCAGAUGAUGAAAAUAAAUUUUGUAAAAUGUUUUCCCUUUACUGUGGAGUCCUCUCGUGCAUUUCGCUGACGUCCUUUUUUAUCCUCCGCAAAAUUUACAAGCUCCCAUUUGUUAAGCGACUUAUGGAAAGGUAUGAAGAUAAGGGGCUGCUGAUUAACAAAGUGAUCCUCGUAGAAUCUGUAAAAUCGAUUGUUGUCGUUUGGGAGUAUGUCAUUAUAGGUUUUUUAGCUAAUUUUAUAGCCUACCAGAUUUACCCCACAGUUUUUCCCAUAUGUAUUGAAUCGAGCAAAGAAAUGAAGGGACUGCUAUCUGGAUUACUUCUUUUUGGGGACUCAUCCGCACACCUGUUGGUUCACAUCUUAAGCUCCUACUUUUUGAAGAUGAAUUUUUGUAUCUUUUUCUUUAUCAAAUUGGUUAUGCUUGGAUAUCUGCCCAUUUUCGUCACCCUGGUUAUUUACCACAGCUCCAUUUUUUACAACCCGUAUUUUUUAAUGGCCUUGUCUUAUUCCUUCGGAUUCUGUCACGGGAUUAUGUCGAACUCCGUUUUUGUGAAAAUCCCCGACGUGUGCAGACGGCGCAAGAAGGAGCAGUACCUCACGUUGGCCCCCAACAUCGUCUACUUGGCCUUCGUGCUCGGGACCAUGCUUGGCGUCGUCGUGUCCAAGCUGCACGUGCGCCUUUUGACGGGGCAGUAG